UGAUUCGCCUAUUUAAUAUAUUGUCAAAACGUUAAGGUUAAUUAUCAAUCUCACACAAAAGUGAUUGAGGUGGCAGGUUUAUUUUGCACUCUGACUUCGUUUACUAUUUACAUAUUAUAGCAGUCUCAGGUCUGGCCCUUAUCCCUAAAAAUGCAUGUUAAGUUCUUGUAUCAAUUGGUUGUUGAACAGAGGAAUUAGAAUAGUUAUGAAUGGAAACAGGAUUCAAUGAUGCAACGAGACUAUGGUUUAUAUUGCUGCACUGAUAUAAUAGUGAAAAGAUACAAUGAAAUUAAAGGCAGGAUGCUGAUCCGUAAGCUAGUGAUGUCUCAGAUCAAAGCCAUGGCUGAAGAUAUUCAACCUUUACUGGCAGAAGUUCACGAUAGUGGUUUGCUGAAGGAAGUUGAAAAUUUAACCAAAAGCAUUACACAGGCUUCUGAGGAUUUAAGAAGGGUGCAUUCUUCCGUUAUGACUCCUGAGAACACAGAAUUAAUUCAGAAGUCUAUAUAUACCCCCAUUUUCACUUUGAAGAACUUUGAGGUGGGUUGUCUUCGCAAUGCUUCAAUUCUGAUUCUACACUUCUUUUACUCAUUCAUCCUAUAUCUCUUUAUUCUAAUGGCCGCUGGUAAUUGUUUCCUCUUGAUGUCACUCAACAUUUGCAGAGUAUAAGUUCAGAUAUAUUAGGAUUUACUGGUGAUGAAGUUACAAGGCAGAAUUUGAAAUUGCUUAUUAAGUCACUCAGCAGGCUACUAUGAAGAUGGAAAAUAUUCUAAGUCAAAUUCAAAGUUCAGGCAGUUGAUUAUUGCUAAUGAGGUUUCUACCAUGACAUCCUCUUAUUUAUAGUUGCCAGAAAGGCUCCGUAUAAUAGAUAUGUCGAUAUUUUGUGCAUUUGGUCACGGAAUUGAUUUGGUGUGACACCCUCAAUCCUCAUCCUUCGGCAACUUAUGUUUGCUGUAAAUAACACUUUCAGCUGCCUCUCUCUCAAGUUUUCGAAUACUAAUUGCUGUGUGGUGUCUAGUCUUGGAAAUUUGAUAGUAAAACAAAAUUUACCCAAUUGGUGUAAAAUUAGCUAGCGCUCCAUUACAUUUUGGACAGCACUCGCUUUCUGCAGCAACUAUUGUAAAGGCAUUAUUUAGAGGCCAAUUAAUUUUCAGAAAAUUCUUCAAUUAAUGCUUAUUUUUGUACUUGAUAUGAUUCUCUUGAAUAAGAAAAAGUA